AUGCCGGCCGCCUUCGCCACCAAACUGGCAUAUACGCCUCCUGCCGCCCUCGCCGUCAAAGCCGAGGACCCCCAAAACAAGUGUGUCCUGCCAGCGGACUACCAUGUCAAGAGCUUUACCGCGACGACCAACGGCACGGGUGACGGCUUGACCUCGUACCAGUUCAAAUUCCUGGACACGACUACAAACUCGUCGACCAGCUGUGAGUACGGUCCUGCGUCCAAAGCCCAGGAUUCAAGCAGCGGGGGCACACUGCCGCGGUACUCCUGUGAGAGUGCAGACGUGAGCUUCAUUUGGCAGGGUCAGACGAAGAAGCUAUCCAUGAUUCAAAAGGUCUGCCCUGAUGACAAGGGCCAAGCCGAGUACGAAGUUGCCGGGUCCGUCGUCAUUCCCCUGACUUGCAAUCUCAAUGCUUGCCAGGCCAAUGCUACCGACUACACGGGUACCUUCAACAGCCUCAACGCUGUCAAGCAAACUCCUCCGGCCAGACGCCAGCGCGGCGUUGCGUGGUCCUAUGACCUGGCCAACUAA